UAUUAAGUUGUGUUGAGUGUAAACACACGUGGGUGUUUCAAAUCAUUAUUGAAUUGUGAAUUAUUAUUUAAAGUAAUAAAUAUAAUAAAGUAAAUAUGAAAGUUAAAGAUUUGCGUAAAAAUCCACUGAGCCGUAAAAAGCCAGAAAAAGAUGAUGAUGGUGUAAAAAUAAAGGAAGAGACAAGUGAUAAAGAUGAUAAUAAGGUUAGAUUUCCAUCGGACACUAAUUUUAAUCAUAUAAAAUGCAAAGCUGUAAGGCAAAUGAAAGUCCAGAAGAUGAUGAAGGCCAAGGCCAAGGCGAAAAAAGAGGCCAAGAAGGCCCGCAUCCAAGAAGGAGCUCCAAAAGGUGUCACCCAUACCAUUGAAAGUCUCAGAGAAAAAGAUGAGACCAUGAUCAAAGGUGAUCUAGAUGAUGAAGAGAAUGCUGAGCUGAAAGCUGAGUUAAUGAAUGAUGAAUUUGCUGCUUAUUAUCAGAAAGAUUACGAACCAAAAGUUCUGAUAACUUAUUCUGACAACCCUACGAGAAAAACAAGAAUCUUUGGUCGUGAAUUAACGCGAAUUAUUCCCAACUCAAUUUCUCUUUAUCGUAAUCGCUCGGGUGUUAAAAAAAUGGUAAAGUCUGCGACUGCUAGAGGGUUCACUGAUAUUGUUAUUGUUAAUGAGAAUCAAUGUCAGCCAAAUGGUAUGCUGGUUAUUCAUUUACCAGAUGGUCCAACAGCGUUAUUUAAACUCAGUAAUGUUAAAAUAACUCCUGAAUUGAAGCGUAGUCACAAAGAAAUUACAACUCACAGACCGGAAGUUAUUUUAAAUAAUUUUUCUACACGAUUGGGGCAUACUAUUGGCCGUAUGCUGGGUGCUCUCUUUCACUAUCAGCCGGAAUUUAAAGGUCGUAGAGCUGUUACUUUUCAUAAUCAACGUGAUUAUAUAUUUUUCAGACAUCACAGAUAUGAGUUUGAUUUAGAAAAAGGUAAAGCUAAAUUACGUGAACUGGGACCAAGAUUCACUUUGAAAUUACGAUCACUUCAACACGGAACCUUUGAUAGUAAAUACGGAGAGUAUGAAUGGAUUAUUCAGGGUCGUCGUCAUGCUUUGGAAACAAGUAGAAGAAAAUUCUUCUUGUAAUUUUCAUUUUUUUUAUUGUCCUUAAAAAACUUAUAGACUAUAAGGAUUAAUUAUAAAUAAAAAAUAAUAAAGUAGAAAUUAUUGAAUUUUAAAAUUGACUA